GGUGUUUCUGCACUGCAUGUCAGUUAUUUUUGGUGUAUUUCUGUACGCGUGCUAUAAGUUGGCUUUUGAUUUCAGUUACUGUGUGCAGUGCUUGCAGAAGAGCAAAUAUUGAAAACAAGAUUAUGUAAUACAACCGGUGUGACAGAUUUGUUAUUGUAGUCUUUUAGAAGUACUGCUGUUAUUUCAUUAGCUAACCUAUUUAUCAUUACUCUUCAUUCUGUGCUAUGAAUGGUGUCUUGAGUACAGAGAUGCUGGUGGAAAGGUGGCAUGCAUCACUGCUCUUGCAUGGACGGUUGAGCUGCGGUGGUGUACAAUUACAAAUUCGAUCAAAGUGCCAGACGAUACUGUGUGGGAGGGAGGGUGCUCAAAAGAUGCUUGCUACGGCUACACAUUGUAUACCAACAACACUCCAAAGAGCAUUGGACCUGCUGCAGAGUGACAGACAGCCAGAUGGUUUGGGUGUGUCUAUGGGGUUUCGCAUAAAUGCGUGCUACCUGUUUAACCCGGGAGGAAGUCUAACUGUAACAGGUGGAGGCGUGCAUGCGGCACAGAUUGUCUAAGGGCGUCUACCGUAGCAAAGCUGUCCACGCCUGUAUGGACUUGAGAGUACCUGCAUGUGGAAGUGGCGGUGGUGGAGGGGGGAAACGGCCUAAUCUCUGAUAUAACACACACCUACCCCCCCAACCCGCGCCACAUGGCCGCUCACUUCCUAUGGUACAGUGCAGCACGGAGCAAAGGUCGACAUGGUAUAACAAGAGUGGACAUACGCAACUGCUAGUGCUCAGUGUCAGAAUGUAUUCCCUGCCCCCCCCCCCACACACAGACACUUUCCGUUGGCCAUUCCACUACGCCAGCCCUAACGCGAUAACAAAAAACACACUCCACUUUCGGCCCCCGGGCAACACCACUUACUGGUCAGUCACACGCAAUGCAUACGAGAUGAUGUAAUGCGUCCAGAUCUCUUUGCCGUAUCAGUCUCAGUUUCAUGGCAACACUCACUCAUGGCCCGGGUUUCAGUUCCUCCCUUAGACUCUCAUUGUUGUUAUUAUUAUCAUGGCUAGGGGCUUCCUUUGGGCUCAUCGAUGCACUUUGCAAGAUUUGCCCAGUGUUUCCCGGCGUUCUCCCGUGGUAAUGGACCCUUAGCAGAGACGUCUUGUAACGCUGUGUCAUCGCUCGUGCUCUCAUCAACGUUUAAUCAUUCGGAGGAGGAGCGAGAGGGAGAGAGUUGACAAGGAAACGUCUGGGAGAAAGUUUUCCUGCUGAUGCUGUCUCUAUUUGAGAGGCAAACUAGUGUUAUGGAGUGUGAGAUUAUGAGUAAUCAAGAACAAUCCUGGUUGAAGAAGCGGCGGCAGCUCAAGCAGAGCAUAUCAGAGAAGAACGCCCAUGAGCAGAACCCUGCGCACCCGCUGCCCAAGUCGCCGUUGAUUUCCUGUCCAGACGCACAGAACGGCGCCGAGCCGACGGACAGGGCCGAGAAAGCCGGCGAACCGCAGUCGAGGAAGGCGGCGAAGCCUCCCUCGGACUCAGCAGACAGUUUAAAAGCCGUCACCCAGACAAAGAGGGAGAAGAGACGACCCCCUGGGACUGUGGAGUUUACCGUGGGGCUGGACGACACCCUCAACAGCAUCGCCCUGCGCUUCAACAUCACCCCCAACAAGCUGGUGCAGCUCAACAAGCUGUUCGCCCGCAGCGUCUACACCGGGCAGAAGCUAUUCGUCCCGGAUUUGAGCCAAUCGGAGACGGCGCCCCAGCCCGCUGAGAAUGGCACGCAAGAGGGCGUCUCCGACAGCAGGCCAGCGAAGCCCAUCCAGCGCCACGCGUCCCCCCCCUCGGAGGACGAGAGCCCCACCACGGUGAAGUUCAUCAAGAUGAGCUGCAAAUACUUCACCGACGGCAUGGGCGUGGUGGGCGGGGUGCUGAUCGUCACGCCCAACAACAUCAUGUUCGACCCCCACAAGUCGGACCCGCUGGUGAUCGAGCACGGCUGCGAGGAGUACGGCCUCAUCUGCCCCAUGGAGGAGGUGGUGUCGGUGGCGCUGUACGACGACGUGUCGCGCAUGAAGCUCAAGGACGCCCCACCCUCCGAGCUACCCCAGGAUCUGUGUCCUGUCUACAGGCCCGGCGAGUGGGAGCAGCUGCCCUCGGUGCAGGACCUCAACCCCUUCAGCCGCUACCAGGCGCUGGAGACCAAGGGGCCCAUAUUCCUGGACGACAUCAGCUCCAACUACUCAGAAUGUGACCCAAAGGUGUCCCCGCUCCAGUGUAACCCCUACGGUGCCCUCCGUUUGUCCCGAACCACAGCGAGGGAGGACUGUGGUCUGGUGGACAAGACCCCUUCGGACGAGGGCUUCACAGAGCUGGAGCCCACCCUGAACGGGAGUGGAGACGACCCGGACCCAAUGGCCCCCGCACCCCCAAACGGGGGUCAGCAGGCGCCCGCGGGACCCCCGACCCUCGACCCGGAGGAAGAGCCCACGGCGUGUCGAACGGAGGAAGAGGAGGACGAGGGCGUGGCCCCGAACAGCUCGGUGGAAGACGCCGAAUCCCUGAAGUCAUCCGCCGAGACGGAGAAACGGAGGGUUGCGAGCAGGGAGGCGAUCGACGCCAAAGACGGGAACGCUGCCACGUCUCCCGGGAGCCAGGGGUUUGUGAGCUGUGACACGAAGGGACGGCAGGACCCGGUGCUGAGUCGGUCGGACUCGGGUUCGGGCGUGGAGGCUGAUGGGAAGGACGGCCGCGAGGGUCUGGCCUCACAGGAGAAACCCCAAGGAGAGGCCAGUGGACUGAGCGCGGAGGAGAGGCGCAAGAAGACCUACAAGGCGGAGAUGAAGUCCUGGCUGCUGGAGAGGAUGCAGGCUCCGAUACAGGACAUGCUCCAGUCCUCGGAGGAGAAGAGCAAGAAGCCACCCAUGUUCCUGUGCUUCAAGUUGGGCAAGCCCAUGAGGAAGUCGUUCGCCGUGGCCAUGAACUCCAGCCCCGCCCAUUCGUACGGCGGCCGGGGAAAGCAGCCAGAGUACUGGUUUGCUGUGCCUCAGGAGAGGGUGGACCACCUGUACGGCUUUUUCGUCCAGUGGUCCCCCGACGUGUACGGGAAGGAGGCCCGCGAGCAGGGCUUCGUGGUGGUGGACGAGAUGGACAUGGUCGACAACUUCUUCAGCGACCCCGCCUCCUGCAGCUGGGAGAUCAUCACCGUCGACGAGGCCAAGCGCAGGCAGAGCUUCAGCAGCUUCGAGGCGGACCUGUCGCUGGACGCGCUGCCGCUGCUGGGAGAGAGCAGCGCCCUGCUGCAGGACACGCACGUGGAGAAGCUGGCCAGUCGCCUGCCGGCCCGGGUGCAGGGUUACCUCUGGAGGCUGGCCUACAGCUCCCAGAACCACGGCACCAGCCUGAAGACGCUCUACAGAAACCUGCUGGAGCUGGACAGCCCGGUCCUGCUUGUACUGAAGGACAUGGACAACCAGAUCUUUGGGGCCUUCUCCAGUCAUCCCUUCAGAGUGAGCGAACACUACUAUGGAACUGGAGAGACGUUCCUCUAUAGCUUCUGCCCUGAGAUCAAGGUGUACCGCUGGACGGGGGACAACUCUUACUUUGUGAAAGGCAAUAUUGACUCUCUGCAGUUUGGUGGUGGAGGGGGUCAGCUGGGGCUGUGGCUGGAUGCCGAGCUGUAUCGGGGCACCACCAGCGGCUGCGCCACCUUCGACAACCAGGCCCUCUCCGCCCAGCGGGACUUCAACAUACACAGCGUGGAGGUCUGGACCUUCGAGUAACACCAGCCAGCUCCCGUGUUCGCGUUUUGAAUCUUAGAACCGCAACCCCAUCAGCUAUAUCUACUACUUGCCUAGUCUAUUUACACCACUAGGUGGCAGCACCCAGCUUCCCAGAUUACCACUACACUUGUUUUGACACAAGAACCAGGGCAAGCAGGGUAUGAAGCAGAUUUUGAGUGGGUUCUCUGCUCCUUGGUUGAUGAUGAAUAUAUAUAUAUAUAUUCGAGCUGGAAUGAUGUCAUUCGAGAAGGGUAUUGUGUUGUCUUAUCUCAUUGGCUGUGUCGGACCAAUCACAACGCCUCUAGUUAUCCUAGCAUGCAGACUGCCUUGGCACCAUAUGCUCCUGAGAGAAAAGGGAAUGCUUACGGAUGCUCUUCAGCUUAUGGCUUUCAGGGCCGGAGUUGCCAUAAUGCAAGAGCAAAUGCACCUGUAUUUAACGAAGAGUAAAAACGGCAAUGGUGCAAAAAACCUAUCCAUGUUAUACAGUUAUGUGCUAAUAACAAAGGGAAUGUUUGGUGAGGAAUAUUCUGCUCGUCCCAAAGGCAAACCAAACAAGACAGUCCCUUAAACAAAAAAAAAAGGCAGGAAACUGAGUGGUUGUUUACAAUGAGAACUGACUACCUGUGGCGGGUGUGGUUCUCGUAUAUUUCUCGUACGUGGUUGACUCAAAUUAGAAUGCAAGUGCAUCUCCACCAUAACUGUAUAUAGUUUGCAUUCCACAACCCCAAACGACUGGCUAGCCAGAAGGGUGGCCUUUGGAAAGAACGUUUUUUGCUACGACCAAUGAUGUAUAUAUUUAGUUUUAUCGCUAUUCUCUUUUCAGUUUUUUUGCGCGUUUGUCCUUUUUUAUACCCAUUUUUUUAAAUUUGAUUUUAAAUCUACUUUUACCAAGAUUGUUAAUGAUUUUUAAUUGGUUUUAUUCUUUUAUUUUAUACACAGGGAAAGUGAUUUUACGCUGCCUUUCGGUUUCGUUGGUUUUACCAGCACAAGGCUUUCUGCGAGCACUGUCCAGAGGCUAAAGUAACUGGGGUCAGUAUUUAUAACAUGUGGAUAUCAUCGCUGGAGGGCCUGGCACCAGUAUUAAUUUACAGGAUGCCACUUUGCACUACAGAACGCCCCUGACAAACCCUCCUAUUCCGUUGCUGUACGACCGGCACCCCCAUCCUACACAUUGAGUUUGUUCCGCAAGUGACGCUUGUCUUCGCUUUAAAUAAGGGAAGCAGUUUGUCCGAGAAGCUAGAUCUAUCUUGACGGUUUUCUGUGCACUUAGAUUGAAUUUGACUAACCAAGACCCCGAUACUAACACAAGAUUAACGUAUGGUUGUAGCCUGUGAUUUCCACCCUGACCGUAACAUGGGUUUUGUAGUGUGUAUGCAAACGUUGAAUUGUGGGCCACUGUUCCUCUUAUACGCACCACACUAAUCACAUGGGCACUGGCUUUGUGUGAAUACCAAGCGCUGGUCUGUUAAUCUAUUGCGGUGUUUGUAACUGUGAAUAUGCCAUAAGUAUUAAUUCCUGUGAAUUCAAAACUGCCCUAUUCUGUAAUAACAUUGAGGAUCUAUCUAUUUAUUGUCAUUUAUUGCUACCAAAACUUAAAUAAAUGUUUAAUGUAUUCAUCCUUAAAA